AUGUUGAAGUUCAAAAAGAUGGGAUCGGAUAAAGUGCCCUUGCUACUUGUUACUGCAAAUGUGGGAUCAAUAUUUGAGGAUCCGUCAGUAAUGCUACCGAUAUGGACGUCGGAGUUCCUCCAAGCGGUCGCCCGCAUGGACCCAAAGUUCAUUGCCCUCCAUCUUCAAGAAGUGGGGGGCAAAGCUUAUGAAAAGUCUAUGCAGUACGUUCAAGAUUUCGUGCAGAGACUGUGCGAUUGUCCAGAAUUGAGGCUGUAUGACAAGAUCAGGAUAUUCCUGGACGAAGAUUUUAGCUCGCCCGAGAAGUUUACAGCAUUAGGCAACAUGUACUUUGCCCAUUCAUCGUUAACUGACCUGAAGAUAUGGGACUUCGAUCUGAAGGCAUACGUUGACGUUCAGGGCAAGGAGGUGCACAGCGGGAAUAUUGAGAAGGUCACCACUAAAGAGAAGGCCAAGUUUCCACAACAUUUUUUCCCUGAGUGUAAAUGGUCACGCAAAGGAUUUUUAAGAACCCGUUGGAUGAUACGAGGGACGGCAGUUGAGUUCGUCAACAUACAUCUGUUCCAUGACGCUUCUAAUUUGCUUGCUCUUGAACCAUUCCCUUCGGUGUAUUGUCGCAGUAGAAGACGAGCUUUACGGCACACUUUACGUCACUUGCACGCGGACGUCAACGCUGCGCCGUACUUCAUAUUUGGCGACUUCAACUUCAGGACGGACACUGGUGGAGUGGUUAAGAAAGUGACAGAAGAAUUGACGGCGUGUAGGCUACAGAAUGGUGCGAACGUAGACUCGGCUAAACUGCAAUACCGAGCGCAUAUCGACGACAGACUGGUGCUAACUAUCGGCAAGAAGGAAUUCGCCCACGCCGACCAUCAGAAAAUAUUCCGAGAGCCCUGGCUGCAACGUUUUGAUCGCGAAUUGGAGGCGUUAAGGCCUCACUUGUACGAAUUCCCCGUAAAAUUUCCACCUUCAUAUCCAUUCGAAGAGGACAUACAUCUUCCUACGCAUUACAUGAAGACCAGAUGUCCGGCGUGGUGUGAUAGGAUCCUGUUGUCUCAGUCUGCCAGACUGCUGGUACAGAAUCCAGAUCCUGCUCGGCCAGGAGAGAAUAGACAUUUGCAUGCAUCGAGGAAAUCUGUGGCGGAUUCAACUGACAGUAGUGGACGAGUCUCGUCAUCGGACAGUAGUCCGGCGCGAUCCGGUUCGCCUAUCAGGCAAAACAAUCAGAAUAGUCCGGGAAAAACUUUAGAGAAGAAAAGUAGUGUGGCAGAUCUAGACGCUUUGUCUGUGCCCGGCAUCAACGUUAGCAGGAAGAGUAUCGCUGAUCCAACUAGCGUACAGCAAGCUAUCAAUGCGAGGGCAUCGGAGUGUUCCGGUUCCCCGAUUCGUCGGAAACUAGUCCGCAACCAAUCGGAAGGAUCGCCCAAACCUAACGAAGCACUAUCAGCGGAACUUCGCCGACUAGUUGACGCGCCCGCAAGAAAAAGACAUGACUACGGCGUCAUAGGCGAUGCCGCCUGUAUGGGUGAUCAUAAGCCGAUCUACCUCCGCGUGAUGCUACAAAGCGACCGAGGUACCGUAAAGUGUAGUGAUCACAGAGCUCCUUGCACUGUUUGUCCCCCUCCAACGCGUCUCGCCUUCUCUCUCGCUCACCCCCGCUCCUCGCCUCUUAGGAGACUUCCCACCGAUCCCGACCUAUACAACAAACAGACUUAUUCUACCCGAUGCAUUAGUCAUCCCGAAAAGUUACCCGACCACCAUAGACUGAAAAGAUCACGCACUGGUUCCUUAAACGAGAUACUAUUAAGAAUACCCCACGUCGAAAUUACCAGCGCGGACUAUUCCAGUUACGAUGGCAUUUUCGUAAACGAAGUCGACACAGCCCUCCUAUCGGUCAGACGAUGCGUCGGCCCUUACACACCUGAAAGCGUAGAAUCUCAUACGCCUGACGUGGAAGCUUCCAGUACCGAAGAAAUACCGGAAAUCGUAGAUCUUGUUCCCAAAUUCGAUCCCAAAUCGAUUAAACUCCAUCGAGAUAGAAGUGUAUCUCCGACUCAAUUAAAAAAUCGAUUAGAUAAACUGUUGAAUAAUGAUAAGUACUCGAUCCCUGAAAUCCAGAGGCUCGAUAGUAGAGAAUCUUGUAAGUCAGGUAGCAGUAAAAGUGGAGGGCUGUGUUGUUUAGCCCUUAAAUGUUAUGGGUUUUGUAGAAGGAGGGCGCGACGAGUUGACUGUGGAUGUAGUGGCGUUAGUGACUGUUGCACAUGUUGA